AUGGCGACGCCCGUAGCUGCAGCCAAACAGCAUCUAAGAAGCUUGGUAAAGAAACGCCUCGCUAGUCUGCCACAGGAUGCUGUCCAAGCUCAGAGCCAUGUCGUCUUUGAGACUCUCCAGGCCUCAAAACAGUAUAAAGAAGCCAAGCGCAUAAGCAUCUAUCUGGCAAUGCCGGCCGCCGAAGUGCAAACUGAUGCCAUCGUUCGCCAUGCCCUGAGCACGGGCAAGCAGGUCUUUGUGCCGUACCUUCACAAGUCAAUCCUAACCGAGCCCGAUACGCCCGCUCGCAUCAUGGAUAUGGUCCACCUGCGCAGCAUCCAGGACUAUGAGUCUCUCGGUCGCGACAAAUGGGGCAUCCCGAGCAUUGAUGAUGCCGCUGUUGCUGGGCGUGAGCGAAUCUUGGGCGAUUCGCCGGGCAACUUCGGCCCUGAGCCAGCUACCCUGGAUCUGAUGCUGGUUCCUGGCGUCGCCUUUAAUGCAGACCCGGAGACUGGCAUAAGGCGGUUGGGCCAUGGAAAGGGUUUCUAUGACUUUUUCUUGAACAGGUACUUUGCUAGGGCUGCGGAACACGGUGGCCACGGGUCCUCGUUACAUCUCACUGGCCUGGCAUUGAAAGAGCAAUGGCUCGACCCAGAAGACGGGGAAGUUCCAAUGGGUGUUUACGAUAGACGACUGCACGGGUUAAUACUGGGCAGCGGCGAAGCCAAAACAUAA